GCGGGGCCGGGGCUGCCGCAAAGGGGAGCGCGGAGCGCAUCGAUCACCGCCGUCCGUCCGUCCAUCCAUCCAUCCGCCCUCUCGGCGCUCGGCUCCCUCGGCAGCUCCAGCCCUUCCCGUCCCCCGCCAUUUCAGACCGGGACGGAAAGGGACGCGGAGCGGCCGCCGCGGCGGGGCGGGCAAGGGAGGCGCCGGCGUGCUCCCGCGGCCCGCUGCAGCGCCUGGCAGGGAGGGAGUUCCUUUCCGGUCUGCUAAAAAAUGACAGAAUAUAAACUUGUUGUCGUUGGAGCUGGUGGUGUAGGCAAGAGCGCCUUGACAAUACAGUUAAUUCAGAAUCACUUUGUGGAUGAAUAUGACCCUACAAUAGAGGAUUCCUACAGGAAGCAAGUAGUAAUUGAUGGAGAAACCUGUCUCUUGGAUAUUCUUGAUACAGCAGGUCAAGAAGAGUACAGUGCAAUGAGGGACCAAUAUAUGAGAACAGGGGAAGGCUUCCUGUGUGUAUUUGCUAUAAACAAUACAAAGUCUUUUGAAGAUAUUCACCAUUAUAGGGAACAAAUAAAGAGAGUUAAGGACUCUGAAGAUGUCCCAAUGGUGCUAGUAGGAAACAAAUGUGAUUUGCCUUCCAGAACAGUAGAUACAAAACAAGCUCAGGAUUUAGCAAGAAGUUAUGGAAUUCCUUUCAUAGAAACAUCAGCAAAAACAAGACAGAGAGUGGAGGAUGCUUUUUAUACAUUGGUGCGAGAGAUUCGACAGUACAGAGAGAAAAAAAUCAGCAAAGAAGAAAAGACUCCAGGGUGCGUGAAAAUAAAAAAAUGCCUUGUAAUGUAACAGGGGUGUUGAUGAUGCCUUCUAUACAUUAGUUCGAGAAAUCAGAAAACACAAAGAGAAGAUGAGCAAAGAUGGUAAAAAGAAGAAAAAGAAGACAAAGACAAAGUGUAUAAUUAUGUAAAUACAAUCUAUCCUUAUUCUUAAGAAGUACUUAAGUAAUUUUUGUACAUUACACUAAAUUAUUAGCAUUUGUUUUAGCAUUACUUUACUUUCUGCUUCAUGAUCCUGUUAGCUUUACCUGAAUGCUUGUUUUAAAUGACAGUGGAAACUUCAUUCCUCUUAAAGUGCCAGUAUUCUUUGACUGUUGGUUCUUGAACUAGCAAUGCCUGUGAGAGAAGAAAAAAGAAAAAAAAUUAAAAAAACCCAACACACACACACAAAAACCUGAGAGCUGUCUUAGGACUCUUUGGUGCAUGCACAGUUGCUAACUUCCUGUUUUUCUUACUGAUUGUUCUGUGUGCAAUGCAAACAAUGAAAUGAUGUUCUAUAGAUUCUAACAUGCCCUUCAGUCUUUCAGUUUUUAAAUCUGGUUGGGAAAAAGGACUAGUUAGCAAAAGAGACUUUCAUUUCAGCCUUUCUUUUCUUUUUAGACUGACUGCAAUACAGAGAGACCAGAAGCCUUUAUAGUCUUCCUGUUGAUUUUGCUUCUAGGCAUCUAGUCUUGUAGCAUUUCAGAUCAACUUUAAUGAAUGUAAAGAUUAAGCUUUCACAAAAAAUUUUUCGCUGCAAUUUGUCUCGGUCACUCUUUAAAUAUUCUAUUUUUUCUAUAAAAAAAGAAAAAUUAAAAAAAGACAAUAAUGCACAUCUGGCAAUGGGAAAAGUAAGAGCUCUAAUUAGGUUAAUUUGCUAUUGUUAAUGCAUUGCUUUAAGACUUUCACUAACGUUUUGUAUCUGAAGACCAAGGUGAAAUCCUAGCUCUCCUGACCCCCAGUGGCAAAUCUUUCAGUAGCCUUGUUCGGUAGGUACAGGAUUUUGCCCUCAGUGUCUCUAGGAAAUGCUAGAAAGCCUUAACAGAUAAGUUGAUUCAAGUUCUUAGGUUAAUUCAUACAUGGAACCAGAAUUUACCAUAAGAAUUAAAUUGGAAUGAAUCCUAAACUACUACAUAGUGAAGUAAAACCAUUCUCUUUUCCCCAAGAGUGGCAUUAAAUAUUUCUAGAUGCCCGUUUUGUGCAAAAUAGGGGAGGAAUUUUAAAUUCUAGGGACAUCAAAUGAGUGAAUGAAUGAGUUGAAUUUAGCUGCUUCAUGCAAAUAAUUUGGAAAUCGACCGUGCCACAAAAGUAGUGUGGAAUUUGCACAAACCAUCAGCAUAUAACAUGGUUUCCAGAGUCAGUGUUUUUUGUGUGAUGUUCGUGAAGUGCUAGUUUUGUUGCACAAACUAAAUGGAUGGUGAGUGGCAAUCUAGUGUCUAGACUGUCAUGAAACUAGACCAAGAUUUUAAUGUUGUCUUUCUUUGUGAUUAAGUUCUCUUGCGAUUAUUUUUUUUCCUCCCCCGCUCCUUUUCUGAUUGGCAUUAAUGCAGAAUUUUUGCAGAAGCUUUCAUUUUUGGUACUGCAGUAGUCUAGCUAUUCUGCACUAAAGUAAGAGCCAGUAACUCCAGUGUUGCCAGUUCCUGUUGUCUUACUGUAAAUGUUGCGUUGUUUGAUUUUCGUUAGGGCCUGGGUCCCUGAAGGUACACUUCUUCAUAGUACCGAACUUGGCUGCAGAGUAAAACUUGAAAAUGUGACUCUGGUGUACCUGAAAAAAUAAAACACUAGACAUUGAAGUAGGAUAGUUCAGGACACUGGAAAGUUUGGGACAGGGAUUAGCAGCUUUGCUCUAACCUAAGGUAUACCUAAACGAGGAUGUAGAAAUUUUCCAUACCCAACCUGGACCAUUUAUAUGAUGUCAAAGGUGCAACUGCAUGAGAAAAGCAUUCUUUUGCUUUUACAAAAAAACCCCACAGUGACUCUCAUAGGUGGAGAGGUGCAAAGCUGGCAAGGGCCCGAUACUGUCUGCAUUGCUGGGUGGUCUUUAAUUUCAAUGUGGCUGCGAGAAAUAAUGCCCUGCCCUCCUUUCAGCUUCGAUGUGAAAUAUACUUUAGAUGAUGAAAUAUUCUGAAAAACAGUAAUAGGGGAACCUAACAUUAUCUCGUAAGGACCAAUAAGGAAUAAGAACAGAUUUCUUAAUGUUGCAAAACAUUUUAUAGCUUCCAAGGUUAAAACAUGUUGGAGACACUUAUUUGCACAUCGUAGACAGUCUUGAUUAUAUAUGAAGAAUGUAGCAAAAGUGGCGAGUAUACCUUGAGCAAAUGGAAGUAAUCCUAAGAUUACCUGAAGAUUUUUGGUAACUGAGUCACACUGCAUGUAAAAUUAGGGCUGGUCUAAAAUUCUGAUGUUAAUUUAACUAAAAAGUGUUAGGAGAAAUUUUAGCUGAAAUGUUUUAAUCAUGAAAUGCGGAUUUCUAUAGCUCCAAUAUAAAGCUAUAUAUAAAUUUGGGUUGUUUUUUUUUGGUCAAUGUGAUCUGUAGCUACCAAUCUAAUUGAGUAUAAAGUUCAUUUAGAUUAGCCCUUAUUUACCUUUUUUUUUUUUUAAAUACACAUCCUUGUCACUGUUGUGCCGUUUUGUCUUAAUAUUUGUUGAGAUUUGGUGAAGCAUGUUGGAUUGCAGCUUGCACAAGUUGAUCUUGUAAUUAUUCUGUCUUUCCCUAUUUGAAAUGCUUUCAAAGAACAUCCCUGGAUGCUGUCUGUUCUGAUAGCAACUACUAAAUGAACAUGUGAAUCUCUUACCACAUUAAUACAUUAAAUUGCCAUGUGUCAGGGAGUAACACCUUCUUACAGUAGCUUUAUGUAACUCUGGUAAACAACUUCAUAAUUGGUUUUUGCAAAACUGAAAUUUAACUCUUUUGACAAGUCUCACUGCCCUGGAAUUUUUGCGAACAUAAAGUUUCACUGUAUAGAUUUUGUUACAGUAGCAGGAUCUCUGUAAUGGGUAAAUACUGACACAGUCUUCUGCUCUUGUCUGUACUAUGAAGCAAUACAAUUAUUACGUUCAAAGACCGUCAAACUGUAAAGAAAUCCCUUUGUCUGAAGUUUACAUAAAGCUACAUAGAUGGUAAAUCUUUCCUAACAUUUCUUUAUUCCACUGUCUUGUGUUUUCAUGUUGAAAAUACUUCUGCUUUUUCCUCUUGAGUGCCAACUUCUUACUAGAAUGACUUCUUAAUGUAAUAUGUUUACCUGGAAUGUAUUUUAACUAUUUUUGUAUAGUGUAAACUGAAACAUGCACAUUUUGUACAGUGUGCUUUAUUUGAUGUGGAACAUAUAUGCAGUGUGAUCCAGUUUUUUUCCAUCAUUUGGUUGCGUGACCUAGGAAUGUUGGUCAUACCAGACAUUAAGUUAAAAAAAGAAAAAAAAAAAAAAGACCACUGUUUGUUUUAAAGUUUUUAAUGUUUUUAGGAGUAUGUGCUGUGAGGUGAUCUGGAAUUUGAAAUUUUUUUUGUCAAACUGUACUGCUCCUAUUUAUUGUAAUGUAAUAAAAAAUAGCUAUUGUGA